AUGGAAGUAGCUACAUCUCAUCCCCGGACCAAAGUUCAGACUAUUGCCAAGCAAGUUACGUUUCAGUUUGCAAAUGAAUGUGAUUUGGAAAUUCAUUGUUCACCAUUUGGAUUGAGUGGGUUAUAUAUAAAAAUCAAUGGAACCGAUAUCAUGGGCAUUGGUUCUACCAUGGGACUAAUAACAGGAUCUACUAGAGGCUUGAUACAUUACAAUGAUAGUAACGAUUUAGUUGAUCAAAAGUACAAGUUGUACGUCGUGAUAGAUGAUGAUGAUAUGCUUAGAAUCGAUUUCACCAAGAUUUAUACCGACGCUUCAAAUGAAAACAACGAGAAACAAGUUCAGGAAGUGCCAACAUUGAUAUUUCGUGGAAAAUGUCCUGAAGGUAGGCCUGACAACAUCGAGCCCUUUAUUGGAAUAUUCUCUUUUGAGAGGGAGACAUAA